AUGUCAAAUGUGUACAACUUGGAGCCCCCGGUGAAGGGCAAGGUGACCCUCAAGACGACACUGGGUGACAUCGACAUCGAAUUAUGGGCCAAGGAGGCUCCCAAGGCAGUCCGCAACUUUGUCCAGCUGUGCCUCGAGGGCUACUAUGACGGCUCCAUAUUCCACCGUGUCAUCCGCGACUUCAUGGCGCAGACGGGCGACCCCACCGGCACCGGCACGGGCGGGGAGUCGAUUUACGGCGGCCCCUUCAAGGACGAGUUUCACUCGCGGCUGCGCUUCAGCCACCGCGGCCUGGUGGCGUGCGCCAACCAGAACCAGCCCCACACCAAUGGCAGCCAGUUCUUCAUCACGCUUGACAAGGCGGAGUGGCUGGACAAGAAGAACACAAUCUUUGGGCGCGUCGGGGGCGACACGAUAUACAACCUCAUCAAGCUCAACGACUACGAGGUCGACGCCAACGACCGUCCAUUGGAGCCGCCGCUUAUCUUGAGCUGUGAGGUUCAGUGGAACCCCUUUGAGGAUAUCGUGCCGCGCACGACACCAGAGGAGCGGAAUGCGGAGCAGCAGCACAAGGCGGCCGCGGCGGCGCGCGCAGAAAAGAAGGGCCGCAAGCGCAACCUGGCGCUGCUGUCGUUCGGGGAAGACGCGGAGGCGGACGAGACCCAGAUCAGGGAGAUGGGGCGCAGCGCCAAGGUCAAGAGCGCCCAUGAGGUGCUGAAGGGCGACGCCCGCCUGCUAGCCCCAGAUGAGACCCCUGAGGUCGAGGAAAUGGAGCGCAGGCGACAGGAGGCGCUGGACCGCGUGCGCGCGACGCUCAAAGCGGGGGCGACAGGGGAAGGGGCCGGCGGCGGCGGCGGCGGCGAAGGCAAGGGCGGAAGGGAGGGCGCCGCGGAGCGGGUCGAGAGGGAGCGGGCGGAGCGGCGGGCGCGCGAGGGGACCGGCGGGGGCGACAGCAAGGGCAAGAGCGGCGGGGACAGCGGCAGCAGCGGCAGCAGCAGCAGCGACGAGGAGGAGGAGCGGCGGGAUGGCGGCGGCGGGAAAGGCCGCGGCGGGGAUCGCGGCAGCGCGGCGGAGGCGGUGGCGGAGCGGAGGGCUUUCAUUGAGGAGAAGCGGGCGGAGACGCUGCAAAAGGGGAUCGGCAGGGUGCGCGCCCCUGAUGCGGUGGCGGAUGCAGACCUGCUCAAGCCGUGGCAGAUCAUGCGGGAACAAUUCAAGAGCAAGAAGCGUGCCAUUGGGGACCGCCAGAAAGACACCCUGGCCCGCCUGGCCGCCUUCCAGACCAAGCUCAAGGCCCCCCCAGCUGACGACGGCGCCGGCGAUGCCGACGAGGGGGCCGGCGAGCCUGGAGCGCGCGAGGCGGUGCCGGCGGCGGCGGCGGCAGUGGAGCAGGGGCAGGGGCGCCGUGAGGAGGAGGAGGAGGGCGCGUACGACGGGCGCGUCAAGGAGAGCAUAGACCACCGCGCGUACAUGCCGGCCGCGUGGCGGGUCGAUGAUUAUGGGGAGGACGAGGAGGACGGGGGCGGGCAGCUCGACCUGGCGGCGCUGCGGCGGCACAGGCUGGAGUUUGCGAAGGGCAGCAAGGCUGGCGAGCUGGGGCUGGGCGGAGACGGCAGGGCCCUGGAUGACUACGUGGUGUUUGACCCCCUCCUUGAGGCAGCCAAGGGGAAGUUCUCAAAGGCGGCUCAGAAGGAGAAGAAGAAGCAGACCGCAUGGGCGGGCCGCGGCGUCGGAUGA